AUGGCCAUUGACAAGGGCACUGAGAUCGAAGCUGUAUCUUGGAUCUUUGGCAGCAUUGCCAGCCUCGCUGUAGUGCUUCGGCUGUACACCAGAAUAUGGCUGACGCAGAAAGCCGGCUGGGAUGAUGGGUUCAUCAUUGUCUCCCUGGCUAAUGCUCUUGUAUGCUCUGGCUUGGUACAGAUUGGCAUAAGAUAUGGCCUGGGGAAGCACUUGAGAGACAUCGCAGACCGAGAAGCCAGGGUUCAAGCAUUCAAGUAUACGGUGAUCGCACCGAACUUCUCCGUCAUCAUCUCGAUCAUCUGGAACACAUUAGCUAUUGUGGCUAUUAUCGGCUUUUGCCGACCCGCCGAAAAGAUAUGGCGCCCUGAGACUCCGGGCGAGUGCUUCAGCUUAGGCUUUCAACUGGUGCUUGGUAUCUCGCAAGCGGCCUUUAACGCCUUCGCGGAUCUAGCUCUUGCUAUAUUCCCUAUCGCAGUCUUCUGGCACGUUCGACUGCCAUUGAAGAUCAAAAUCGGAGUUCUGGCAGUGAUGGGCGCGGGAAUCUGUGCCGCAGCCGCGACACUGGUGAAAGCCAUCUUGCUGAAGAGCCUUCCUGCUCAUUCAGACAUAACAUGGUCAUGGGCAGAAAUCACUGUGUGGUAUACGAUUGAGAUGUACCUCAUCAUUAUUUGCGCGGCCUUGCCGACCCUGCGUCAAUCGUACACUGCCCUUGUUCAUCGAACCCGCCGCUCAACGUCGGGCUAUGAGUUGAGCGGCCCCAGUCUCAAGCUUGAAGCCCAUUCACUUUACGCGCCCAAGGCGCAGGAUGGUACGAGUAGCCAGGAAAACAUUCUUCGAGCAGAAGAGGCGCACCGAUCAUAUAUCGUGAAGACCACGGAGUUCCAUCUUCACGAGCAUGGAAGGAGUUGAGACCCGGGUUCUUGCAUGGUAGGUCAUUGUGUGCUGCCAGGCCAACAUGUACAUCAUAGUAUAUUGUACAGCCAUUUGCUCUGCGUCAAUCAUCCCUGGUGCAGUGCUUGCAUGACAAAUCAAAGUUUUGAUUUCGCCAAGAUCCUGGAGUCCG